AUGCCCCGCGCUGAGAUAGGAAGUACAAAAGAUCUGGGCAAUAAGAUCAAAUCCAAGGGAUUAGGUCGACUGCGCUGGUACUGCCAAGCCUGUGAACGUCAAAUGAGAGACGAGAAUGGCUUCAAGUGUCAUGUUCAAAGCGAAAGCCAUGUCAGACAAAUGUUGCUCAUCGGCGAAAACUCUGGGAAGGCAAUCCGGGAGUUUUCAAACGAAUUCAAAAAGAACUUUAUCGACUUGCUGCGGACGACCCACGGGGAAAAACAGGUCCACAUAAACCAUUUCUAUCAACAAGUCAUUGCAGAAAAAACACACGUGCACAUGAACAGUACCGAGUGGAAAUCACUAUCCCAGUUCGCCGCGUACCUCGGGAGGGAGGGGAUUUGUCGGGUCGAGGAGACAGAGAAAGGACUAUUCGUAUCAUGGAUCGAUAACAGCCCUGAGACUAUGCGGAAGCGCGAAGCAAUCAUGAAAAAGGAGCGACAGGAUAAGGGUGAUGAAGAGAGGGAACAGAAGUUGAUCCAGGAGCAAAUCGAGCGGGCUCAGCGCAAUGCGGAGAAGACUGAAGACGAGGAUCCGGAAGCGAAAUUAUUGCAGCGCAAGGAAGGAGAGAAAGUGAAGUUGAAUAUUGGGUUUGGGUCUAAGCCAGCCAUCGACAAGCUCCCCUCGCCACCGACGACGAAUUCCCCCGAGUCCAAGGAUGAUACCGAAGCGGAUAUGUCCAGCACGGAUCCUCCUGCGCCUACUUCCCAGGCUCCUGUGAAACUAUCGAUGUCACUUGGUGCUCAGAAGCCGAAAAACGUCUUUGCUUCAGCGAAGAAGAACCCACUGGCAGGAAAGAAAGGUUCUGUUUUGGCUGCUCCCAAGAAGAUGUCGGAGCAGGAGAGAAUUAUGAAGGCCGAGAUGGAGGCCAUGGAGCGGAAACGGCCUCGUCCGGAUUCUAAAUUUACCAAUCCCAAGCGGCCAAAGAUCUCGUGA